CACAUUAAACAUGGCGGAUGCAGAUUUACUGAGACGUGAUGGAACAAGAAUCUGUGUUGGAAACCGCAUUCUCGGUGAUGGCAGCUUUGGUACAGUAAAAUAUAUCGGCCAAGUACCACCAACCAAAGGUAUCUGGUUGGGUGUGGACUGGGACGAGCCAGACAGAGGGAAACACAAUGGAACACAUGAAGGGAAAAGAUAUUUUGAAACAAGAAAUCCAAAAUCAGGAUCUUUUCUGAGACCGAAGAAAGCCGAAUUUGGUGUGUCGUGUUUUGAAGCCCUGAGAGAUCGCUAUGGCUUGAUCGAGGGAGAAGAUGCUGGUGUUGUCACAGAUGAGUUGUUUAUCCUCGGAACCAACAAGAAGGCUACAGUUGUGGAGAUGGUCGGUGCGAAGCAAGUGAACCAGAGGCAAAGCAAGCUGGAGACGCUGAAAGACAUAGGCCUGAGAGAGUGCCUUGUGUAUGGAAAUGGCCCUGGCUGUCAGCUGAAGGAGUACACUCCCAACAUCACAGAACUGAAUCUGUCAAAGAACCUCAUCUCUUCAUGGGAGGAUGUGGCCCGGGUAGUAGAACAGCUGCCUCUGCUCCAUAGCCUGAAUGUCAGUGAUAACUGUUUAGCCAUACCAGACAACCUCGAUGCCUUGCGACCAAGUUUUGCCAAAGUUCAGUUCCUUUUCCUCAACCGGAUGCAGUACAGCUGGGGACAGAUCUUGAGGUGCAGCACUAUGUUCCCGUGUCUGGAGCAGCUGCAUGUCUGUUUCAACAAGCUCACGUCUCUCUCCAUCCCCUCACAGUCUGAGCUUCCUCAUCUCACUCUGCUCAACCUAGACUGUAACGACCUGCAAAGCUGGGAGGAAAUCCUCAAAGUCGGGACACUUCCUAACCUGAAGACUUUGAUGGCCAGUGAGAACAACAUUGGCAGCAUCCAUUUUCCCGAUGAUCAAUUAUCAGAAAAGACAAAAUAUUUUACAAAAGUUUGUGUCUUGUCAAUCAUGAGGAACAAGAUUGGUGAUUGGUCAUCUAUAAACGAGCUAGGUAAGCUAUCCACUCUGUUGGAUCUGAAACUACAGAGCAACCCGAUCUGGCAAGUGAUGGAUGAUAAUUCUGUCAGACAGCUCAUCAUUGCCAAGAUAAAAACAUUGCUGUCAUGUAAUAAUUCCAAGUUGGCUGCAGAAGAGAGGAAGGGGGCAGAGAUUGACUAUCUGAAGAAGUUUGGCCUGGACUGGAAGAAGUCUGGGGGUAACCAGGAUCCAGGGAAGAACAAGCCGAGCCAGGAGUUUGUCACACAACACCCUCGAUACCAGGACUUCAUAGACAAAUGGGGUGCUCCCGAGGAUUCAGAAUUAGAAGUAAAGUCUAAUGCUCUGAAGGACAACCUGCUGAAUGUUCUACUGGCAUGUCCCCAGAAGCCAGAGAAAGGUCAGAUUAAGAAGAGACUACCAAAGACCAUGGCAGUACAGAAGGUCAAGACGCUGGUCCAGCGGCUGUUUCAGGUGGAGACGGGAGACAUCAUCCUCACUUACAAGAGUCAGGAGGUUGAGGAUGCUGAGUUUCCAAUUGACAACGAUCUUCGAGCACUGUCUUUUUACUCCUUGGAAAAUGGCGACACUAUAUUAGUGAAGUGGAAGUAGGCCUUCAAGAAGAACUUCCUAUGCUGUGUAAACCAGGGACUAGUGCACUUGAAAUAAUAGCAUUGUAAAAACCCUAUAGUCAAAUUUAAAAAAUUGGAAAAAAUAUGUAUGAUUGUAAAUUAUAACAUUAAAAGAUUUUUCCAAGUUCAGCUAGAAGACAGGAAUGUCAGUCUUCUGCCCAUCAUCAGAAGUCUGUGAUCUUGAAAACCACCAUUUGGGCAAUUUCUGUGAAUUGUUUCUUGGACACACACACAAGGAACAAUUCACAGAAAUUCACCCCUUUAAAACAUCGAAAUUUCCAAUGAAAUGUUCAAGGCUAAUGCUAUCUGGAUCCCGGAGUACAUUAUUUAUACUUAUAUUCCUUAUGUCAGAAAGAGUGUCCAGAAUUACUGCCUGCCCAUUAUCCCAUGGCUGGUAACAUUUCUGUUGGGACAUCCCUAUCUGCAAGAUUGUCUCAUAAUAUAGGGCAGAGUUGCGUCCCUUGGGCACGCCAGAAACCUAUGAUUGUGGGUUCGAAUCCCGGUUCUCCCCGAUUAUGUUUCUAGGUUUGUCAGCACCAUACCAGUGCUCGUGGGUUUCACCGAAGUGGUAAACGUCUGAGACCUCCAUCACUUUGGGCUUUCCUCCCACAUUAAGCUGACACGCCGUGAUAUAACUGGAAUACUGUGAAAAGCGGCGUUAAACCCAACUCACUCACUCACUCACUCAUAAUAUAUUUUAUUUUUUCACUGACACUGGCAAUUUUGAAUCAGACAUUGCCAUGUGAUUCACUGACCCUACAGCUUGGGUUACCGCUGUGAUUAUAAAACUGUAAGUUCCAAAGGCACACAGGAAAGUAAAUAUGAGAAAAAUGGUAAUGAUUAUCAUGCAUGUGUUUACAACACUGGGCCUGCAACUUUCUAGACAGACCGCCUGGGUUGGUGGGUGAAAAAAUUACUUGAGGUACUGGUCAAAAUUAGAAAUAUUAGAUAUAUUGAUCAUGGUGAUGUAUUUUAAGGUCACAACACUGUACAAGGCAAGAGUUGCUGUUUCUUGCUGUUUGUCAAUGCAGUGUGGCUUAGCACUGAUGACAGGCAGCAUAGUGUGUUAAUGUAUGUAGAUAUAAUAUUUACAUGUAUACAAUCUAUCGAUGCUGUAUAAAAGACAAGUCCUUCCAUUAUGAAGACAGUGUCGGGCAGCAGUAGAUUAUGUGUGCUGGAAUGGUAUAUAGCACUUGUGAUAUUUUGAUAUUUGUCAGUAGUAUUGUAAGUCAGUUACAUGUUGUCAAAUUAAUAUAUUUUGAAUACUCGUAACAAAGCUUUGGAUUGCAAGCACAGUUAGACAUUGGUACCUCAAACUCCAAGAACUUGAUAUCACCAAUAAGACUAUGUUCCUCUACUAGAAUGACCAGCGCUCUGCUUGACAAUAACAUUGCAGAGAGUACCCCAGUCUAGAGUAGAUCGGACUGUUCAGGUAAGCAAGUACCGUAUAUCGCUGUGUAUAAGGCGACCCCACGUGUAAGACGACCCCCCUGUACACGGGUAGGUAUUGCCUGAGUUUUUCCAUCCACCACCAUUUCACAAAUGAGGUACAACUGGUUAUCUCAUGCUAUGGAUGUCUCAGUACAUUGUUUUUAUACUCUUAAGACAUGGAUCCACUGUGGAUUGUUUCAUGCCUAUUCACAGAAAGUUCAGAAAAAAGUAGAUAUUAUUCUGUUCAUAUGUUAAUCAGUCAAUUAUGAAAUAUACCAAAGGUUUUUAAAAAAAACCCAAUAUGUCCUCUUUGAAACUAGGAGUUAGAACCAAUUGAGGACUAUUGUCAAUCAGGCUUGUAAACAUUAUUCCUAAUGCAACAUAACUGUCAUACAUUAAAUGCUUAAGGGUCCUUUCAUUGUAUUUUGUAUUUGACAUAAAACUGAUUACGAGGGAUAUUUAUUACAUGAUUAUUGAUUAUAAUGUCUGUGAUUAAUUAGAGACAAAGUCCCUGGUUGUUCUGUGCUAUUUGCUCUGUCGUUGCCUUCUGCGAUAUGGUUUGUAUAAUGAUUCACGGUGUGCAAAUAAAAAAUAUGAUGAUAAAA